CUCACAUUUGUGACUGGCCAUUUCCUUUGCUGAUCGGUCUUAGACCUUGCUGUUUCACUCUUGCCACCUCUAACUCUAACGAGUCAAUUUCCAGUAAGUGCUGGGAGAACGAGACACGAUGCUACAGAUGACUGCAAGUUGUUCUCUUGUGUGGGUUUCUAUAUUGAUUGUAGUUUUGAAUUGUAAGGUAGAUGCAUCGGAAGUCAUACUUGAUACUCAUUUGGGUGGGCAGGUAGCAAAACGAGCCGCAGGAGGGAACCAAGUCCUAUGUAAUUGUGUAGAUUAUAAAGUGUACACAGAUAAAGUCAACUACUCCGCCGCCAGAAAAGUGUGUCAUGAUGCCAAUGGAGUGCUAGCUUACAUACCCGACAACGCCACUCACAAGGAAAUCAAAGCUUACAUCCAAAAAGUGGUCCAGCCUGACAAGAAAAUGAAAGGAUUCUGGAUUGGAUUAAAUGACAUCGAUGCUUUGAAUAAGUAUGUCUGGGAGACCGGCGACACCCUCAUCAAUGGCUGUGAUUUUACAAAGUGGGGAACCAAUUCCCCCAAUCAUAAAGUCUCAAAAAAAAAUGGUGCCGUCCAAGCGUGUAUUCAUAUGAGAAUAGCUGACGGUUAUAAAUGGGAUGAUGACUACUGUCACGCCAGAAAGCCAUUUAUAUGCAUGUUUUAUGUUUGUCCCGACAACCCUAACGAGUGCACAUCAUGUAUGGGAAUGUAAUCUGCAGUUUCUGCGAAUCUUUUCUUUAUUGUGGUGUUAUAUGAACGCUAAAAGCGUUAGUUUAAAUGCAUUAAGCUUUUGAUCAGUUAAAGCAGUAAAACAUUGCCACUAUGCCUAUAAUCUUAGUGGAAGUGCACUGUCUCUAUUUAAGGGAACAGUACUCAAUGCACCAAGCACGUAACUCAAUUCAUGCCCAUCCUCCAUCAUUUUGAUGACGUAACCCUAAAUUAUGCUCUAUAUAAAAUAACUAGUACAUGAACAACUAUAUUUCUUAGAUUUAAAGCGCAAUUAAAGAUGCAUACAAGUAUUUAUUUAUUGAGUCGAGAUGUAUACCAUCUCCACGAGACCUAACAAAUAAACUGAUUUUUAAAGGGUAUCUCUAAUCAUAAGUAUGGUUUCCAUCUUUCACUAGCUUGAGUGUCAUUACACAUGUUUUCUUCAUAU